UGAUCACAACCGGAUGGACAAUGUGGAUUGAAGGGUUGGUUUUGCUUAGAUGAUUGUUUAUUCGGCAUUAUGGAAUACGGUACGGAGUCAUGAUUACUCUAUAUGCACUAUUUCACUGUAGUCUCAGAUCUGGUCCAAGACAAGACACUGAGGCAUUUGUAAAGCGACUCAUCAAUCCCAUAUUGCAUAUAGUAGAUCAUCCAUUCGGUCAACUACGACAAACAGUUACCAGCCAGCAAAACAAUGGCAACACAACAGCCAGCAGGCGACGGGUGGGCGCAUCACUUUUCCGACGCCAACAUACCCUUUGGAAUAGCAUCGUCGCCCCGUUUUCCCUCACCUCAAGCCGCCACCCGUGUGAACAACGACGUCAUUUUUCUCCAGAAACUUCAUGAGCAAGGACUGCUUAGCAGUGUGCCGGACCUCCCCGCUGGUGUUUUCAAGUACUCGACACUAAAUGCCUUCGCCGCGCUGCCCAAAUCCGUCCACAGUGCUGUGCGCCAGGCUAUACAGAAAGGCUGGCGGGAGGGGGGUGUUUCUAGCGAGAGCAGAGAGGACGUCAGCGGUGUCACUAUGCACCUCCCGGUUCACGUGAGCGACUUUACAGACUUUUCGUGUAGCCUAGAGCACGUCAAGAACGCAGGCCGCAUCGUCGUCAACAACAGCAACCCGCCACCCGGCUUCUUCCACUUCCCCACCGCAUACGCGGGCCGGGCCAGCUCUGUCGUCGUCUCCGGAACACCUAUCGAGCGGCCGCUGGGACACUUUCCCGACCGCACGGCGCAGGUCGAAGCCGGCGCCAAGCCACCCGUCAUCUUUGCGCCUACGUGCGCCCUGGACUACGAGGUCGAGUUCGCCGCCGUCAUCGGCACCCCGCUGCCCAUGGGCCAGCGCACGGCCAACAUCGCGGCCGUCGACCCGCACAUCUUUGGCUUCGUGCUGCUCAACGACUGGUCGGCGCGCGACAUCCAGGGGCUCGAGAUGCUGCCGCUCGGCCCCUGCAACGGCAAGAAUCUCGGCACCAGCAUCUCGGCGUGGGUGGUGGUUCCGGACGCGCUCUCCCCGUUCCGGACGCAGGGACCCGAGCACGUCGGCCCCGUCGCGCCGCACCUCGCCGACCCCGUGCGUGGCACCUUUGACGUGGCCUUUGAGGUGGCGGUGCAGCCCGGUGGGCAGGGGGAUUUUGCGACAGUGGGCAGGUCGAGCCUCAAGGAUCUGUACUGGACGCCGCGGCAGAUGGUGUCGCACAUUGUGAGCGCCGGGGCACCGCUGCGCACGGGGGAUUUGAUGGCCACGGGGACGGUGAGCGGCGCCGGGAGGGACAAGGCUGGGUGUCUGCUCGAGGCCACCGAGGGUGGCAAGGUACUGCUUGAACUUGGGGAAGGGGUGAAGAGAGCGUACCUUGAAGAUGGGGAUGUUGUGCGCAUCACGGCUGUCGCGGGUGGUGAAGGGAGUGGAGUGGGUUUUGGGGAGGUUAUUGGCAAGGUAUUACCUGCGAGGGAGCUUGCGUAGUGAAAGGCAGUUUACUUGAAG